UAAUCUAGAGACGCGAGAGUCCACGGACCAUCCGGGUGAUGACCCGAAUACAUCGGAGCCCGAUUCGAGCGCCCUAGUUUUCUGCUCUUAAUCGUCACAGCAUCGCAGCUCUGUUUCCUCCUUCCGAUCGCCUUUUCCUUCGACACGGUCCCGAGGCGAGUCCACGAACUCAACCCCUCAUCGGUCGCGACCCGCUCUUCUUCGAUAACGCGGCCUGGUUACCGAGCGUUGAACCCGCGCUCCCCAGCUUUCAUCGAGCUCGAAAGGCCCCCCGCGAAAAUGGGUCCUCGACAAUGCCGGGUCUGCAACGAAGCGCAGUCGAAAUACAAGUGCCCUUCCUGUCUCGUCCCUUACUGUUCGUUGGCCUGUUUCAAGAGACAUAAAGAAGCUCCUUGCAUCAAGCCAGUGUCUCCUGACCAUAGUGAAGCUGCAAGUGGGGAAUUGCAUGGGUACAGACCUUUAAACAUUGAUGACCCAAAUGACGUGGUGCAGCAGGGGCAACUAGAAUCGUUAGCUUCUUCUUCUGAAAUUCGCGAUGUGCUCAAGGAUGAAAGCCUUCAGAAACUUAUUUCCAAAAUCGAUGGUUCAGGAGAUCCAGAUAGUGAUCUUGAAAAGGCAAUGGAAGUGGAGGCAUUCCACCUAUUUGCUGACAAGAUCUUGUCUGCAAUUGGUCCGUAAUCAUGGAGCUGGAUGAGUAAAACCUGCAGCUUCAUGCCAAAAGUUUUGUGUUCCUACCUUCAAAUUGUCGAAAGGAAACGCUACCGCUUUGCCUUCUGGUGGAAUACAUAGCUUUUAUUCCACCUUGCCUCGGUAAUUGAGGAGGCUCUAUGAGCCAUGAGUCACAGCAUACCAUCAUCAUCUUAUUGGCCUUUAAGGGGAGUCUGUCUUCCUGUGAUCUUUCUUUUUUGGUAAGGCGUCUUCCUGUGAUCUUACAAGUUGUAACGACCAUAAAAUCUUCGAUUAUGCUGAUUAGGUAGCUAAAUUUACGUCUUUGCUUACCUGAUUGACCUCUCCACCGAAAAGCUUUCUUAUGUUCAAGGCUGUACAUGAAGUUUACACAAUGGAUGAAUUUUUUGAUCCGUUUGACCGA